AGAGACUCGCACACAAAGCGGGACCGAUAUGGCGAGGAUUGUCAAUAUUUGCCCACUUUGGGUUCUCCAAAGGAGGGGCCCCGUCGCAUGGGUACAAUGGCCAUAAAAGCGACCAGCGGCACUUCGGGCUCACCCAAACACCGGAGCUGCCACCGCCAGGCAUGAAGCUCUUCUGGCUGCUCCUCUGCCUCGCAGGGCUGGUCCCCGCCAGCUGCAACGUGUUACAGUUUGGUGCAAUGAUUAAAUUCAAGACCAAGAAAUUGCCGCUGUCCUACAAUGGUUACGGCUGCUACUGUGUUGGGGGAUCCAAACAGCCGCUGGAUGCGACUGACUGGUGCUGCCAUGCCCACGACUGCUGCUACAAGAAGUUGGCUUCCUCUAGCUGCAGUCCCAAACUGGUCACAUACGAAUACACCAUCUCGGGAAGCCAGAUAGUCUGUGGAUCCAAGACUUGGUGCAAAAGACAGAGCUGUGAGUGCGACAGGCAGGCGGCAGAGUGCUUCCAAAAGACAGCCAGGACCUACCACAACCCUUACAAGAAUUACCCAUGGUUUCUGUGCAAGGGCAAAACUCCCUCCUGCUAGACAUGUUGGGGUCAAAAUUUGAUGGAAACAGUCUAAAUUGUGGGGGUUUUGCCUCCCCUG